AUGUCUGCACGCGCAUCAACACGGAUCAGUAUAGCUUGGCCCCCAGCCGCCCCAUCGGAGCCUACUGACACCCUCGUUCUGGGGGUCGGAGGGUGGUAUGUUGAUUUGCGGAUCACGAAGUCAGAUCUGAGUAUCGAUUGGGCAAUGGCAGGGGAAAGACUGACCGUUCCCGAAAACCCUGGAACGAUUCGAUUCUCGCAUCAUAUCGACUCCCGAGGCUUCUACGGUAUUGACAAAGGAGAUUUCAGCACGCUUCCAAAUGGAGAUGAUCUAGAAGUGGGCACAAUGCCGGCUCCACAUCUGGAUGGCAAGGUUGCUCCAUACGAAGAGGUUUGGCGGGAGUAUGCCAUGCCAGCUUCCGGAACAACGUCUUGGAUUCUUCGGAGUUCCGAUAAGAAGACAUUUGUAGGGAAGAUUGGAGGUUACUACAUCGCGCUGGGUGAACGAGAGGUCGGAGGUUUCGCUGCAUUGAGGGAGGAAAUUGAUAGAGAUACAAAGAGUUGGUCGGUGAAAUACAAGGUGGGUCCGUUUGAGACCUUACCUUCCAUGGAAGCAAAUCAGCGGUUAUUUGAGAAGGAAGGAAGUUGGAAGCUAGGAGAUGUUAUGUCUGCCGGUGGUCAGAAGUUUCAAGUACAAGCGAUUGAAGUACAUCAUACUCAGUCAGAGAGUAAAUCCAAGAUAUAA